AUGUCCAAGGAAGCAGCAGACCAGGACAUCCUCGCGCUUGUAUCGCAAGAAGUCUCCCAGACACCAUACGCUUGCUCGACUCUCACCCAGCUCAGCGGAGGUACAGCCAACUUCGUCUACCGGGGCAUCCUCUCGCGGCCCCUCGAGGACGGCACGAAGACCAUCAUCAUCAAGCACGGCGAGGCCUACGCCGCCUCGAAUCGCGAUUUCAAGCUCCCCACAGAGCGCUGCGUUAUCGAGGAAACCAUCCUCAGCGCCCUGAACAACGUCCCCGCCACAGCAGCAGAGCCAGAAAACACCGGCACCAGCACCAGCACCAGCACCCCGCGCUGCACAGUCCGCACCCCGCACCUCUUCCACUUCAACCGCGCCACCAACACGCAGAUCCUCGAAGACCUCCCGGAUGCCCUGGACCUGAAGACCUUCAUGCUGGCGCCCGCGGCCGCGCACCGCGUGCCCCACGACCUGGCGACGGUGAUCGGCCGCGCGGUGGGGAAAUGGCUGCGCGCGUUCCACGACUGGGUGGCUGAGGCGAGCCAGGGGGCGCUGGCGCAGGCGUCGGAGAAGAACAAGCUCAUGCGUGAUCUCAAGUUCACGGUCAACUAUAACAAUCUCGUGGGGCAGGCGGGUCGGUUCCCUGCGCUGCUGGCGGAGAGUCAGCCGGUGUUUCGGCGGGUGCGGGACAUGGCGGCGGCGGAGUUGGGUGGGACGGAGGGGGAGGGGUUUGGGGUGAUCCAUGGGGAUUUUUGGUCGGGGAAUGUACUGAUCCCGGGAACGGCCCUGGAUCAGCAGCUUGAUGUACCGCUGUUCGUGACGGAUUGGGAACUAUGCCAGUACGGCCCGCGGGCCCUGGAUCUGGGCCAGAUGAUCGCUGAACUCUACGAGCUGAAGCACUUCAAGGAUAUCGAUGCAGGGAUCUGGAUCAUCGAAGGACUGGCGGAAGGGUAUGGCGUGAUUGACGAGGAUAUGGCCUUCCGCACCGCCAUCCAUGUCGGCGUCCAUUUGAUCUGCUGGGGCAGUACGGUUGCAGGAUGGGGAACGGAUGAACAGAUCGAAGAGGUCGUCAAGAUCGGAAGGGAUCUUGUGGUUAGGGGCUGGGAGAAGGAUAGAGCCUGGUUUGAGGGAAUAUGGCUCCGAGGCUUGUUUACUCGAGCUUAG